CUGGAAGGUAAAGCGGAUUCUACAGUGAAAGAUAAAUAUAUACAUAUAGAUUUAUAUACAAAUAUAUAUAUAGUAAUUUGCAUAUUAUAAAAAAAUAAACAAUCCGUUUUACCUUCUCGGAUAAGUUUCUGAACAAACUCCAGUAUUAAUUUAAAUAAAAAAAAUAAAAUCAACCUCGUGGUUCGGUGCAACAUCAGUCCAAGUUUUCAUGGUGUCAUGUCUUUGGAAGAUGAAGAAACUUCAGAAAAUAUUCUUUGUAAAUCCGAUGAUUUUUCAUUACUGCAUGACUCGAAUGAAAAUUCAGAAGAUGUAUUAGAAUGUUUAUCAGUGAUGGUAAGCAACGAAGAGUCAGAAGAAAACCAAGUCCAGGGAAUAAUUCUAAACGAUCAUCCAUUACUAGGAGCAACAUUAACAGCAAUAACGUUACCAGACGGAAGUCAAGCCUACGUAGCCAACAACCUCGACAGCAACGACAACGAGGACACUCAUCUCGAGCUAAAAGAUUCUCUGGAAGUAAAAAACACCCGUACGAUUCUCAUCGGUGGUCUCUCCGACUUAUCCGAGGGCAAAACGCUGCACCUAAAACUAGAAACGAACGUCGAUGCUCAAAUAAAACCCGGGUCAUCAUCCCAAGAUGACGUUUACUCAGGAGUCGAGAUAAUUGACGGGGCGACGACUUACAUGGUCACCAGCAACACGGAGAAUCAACUCUGGGAGAUAACCGGCAACAAAUGUACCAACUCACCCAAAGACAUAAACAAAAUUUACGUUAAAAAAAUAACUUCAAGUUCGCGGAGUCAGUAUCCCUGCCCGCGAGAUGGUUGCGGUAAAGUUUACACUACUCUCCAUCAUUUAAAAGUACACGAGCGUUCUCAUACUGGUCAGAAACCAUACGAGUGUACUUUCAGUAACUGUGAUAAAAGUUUUUCAACAGGUUACAGUCUCAAAGCACAUUUGCGUACACACACAGGUGAAAAACCUUACAAAUGUAACUCUGAGUCUUGUAACAAGAGCUUCAAAACCUCUGGUGAUUUGCUCAAACACGUGAGAACUCAUACCGGCGAACGUCCCUUCGUUUGUCCUUACGAGGGUUGCGGUAGAUCUUUUACGACAUCAAAUAUUAGAAAAGUUCACGUAAGAACUCACACUGGCGAGCGUCCGUACCAGUGCAGUACGUGCAAUAAAGCAUUUGCCAGUGCAACGAACUACAAAAAUCACGUGAGAAUUCAUUCUGGUGAAAAACCCUACGCAUGUUCGAUGGAAAACUGCGACAAACGUUUCACCGAGUACUCUAGUCUAUACAAACAUCAUCUAGUUCACACUCAGCAGAAACCGUUUGAGUGCAAAUUGUGUUUUAAAAGGUACAGGCAAAACAGUACUCUCGUUAUGCACAAAAGAACAGCUCAUGCUUUAGUCGAAGAAGGUGAUGCUGAGGAUUAUGUUGAUAAUGAUGGCGAGGCAGAGGGCGAAGGUGACGAUGAGGGUAUCGACGGUAUUUUUAAUAACAACUGUGAUGACAGUUUGAAUAAUGAUCAUCGAGAUAGUAAAAAUGUAAUUGAUGUUAAUGAUCAAUUACAAAUAGAGGGAAACAAAAAUUCAACGGAUAGUGGAACGCAAAUUCUUUUUGUUGGUGAUCCGACUCAAAUUGCAGUACUGCAGCAAAUGGGCCUUGAAGAAGGAUUCAAUGAAACAGAAAUGGAUCCCUCACUCGAAGGAUUAAAUAUCAAAAUAGAAGACAUGGAAUUCGGAUGGAAUUGAUAAAUAAAUAAUAAACAUAAAUAAGUUUAUUUAAAUGGAUUAAAUAAAUAUAUAAAGAGCUAA